AUGGGUUUAAGUAACUGGGUCCACGACACGAACGUGCGGGUUGCCCGCAGUCCCGUGGGGAAAUGGUUUCGUUUGGAGGGCUCCGGUCAUCCUCUCGAGAGGAAGGGUAGCUACUUCUUCACUGAAAUCCGCGCCGGUCUCGCCACCUUCUUCGCCAUGGCAUACAUCAUCUCCGUCAACAGCAACAUCACCUCUGCGACCGGUGGAACCUGCGUGUGCCCCGAGGAAGAUAUGCAAGACUUCUGUGCAACCAAUGUCGAGUACGCUAUGUGCACGCAAGAAAUCAAACGCGAUAUCGUCACCGCCACUGCCGCCAUCGCCGCCCUCUCAACUUUCUGCAUGGGUUUCUUUGCCAACCUGCCUAUCGCGCUCGCACCUGGAAUGGGACUGAACGCAUACUUCGCCUACACCGUUGUUGGAGUCCGUGGUAACGGCAUGGUCCCAUACUCGACUGCUCUCACGGCUGUCUUCGUCGAAGGAUGGGUAUUCUUGGGGUUGACGUUGAUCGGUAUGCGGCAGUGGCUGGCGCGUGCGCUACCAAAGUCUAUCAAACUCGCAACUGGUGUCGGAAUCGGUCUGUACCUCGCAUUGAUUGGUUUGACAUACAGUGCCGGCAUUGGACUGGUUCAGGGUGCCUCUGACACUCCCAUUGAGCUGGCCGGGUGUGUGUCUAGCGCCUUCGACGAAAAAACGGGCCUAUGUACGAGCGCAUCUAAGAUGCGCAACCCUACUAUGUGGAUUGGUAUCUUCUGUGGCGGUAUUCUGACGGUUAUGCUCAUGAUGUACCGCAUCAAGGGUGCUAUCAUUAUCGGCAUUUUGUUGGUUUCUAUCAUCUCUUGGCCUCGCACUACCCCCGUCACCUACUUCCCCUACACCGAGCUCGGAACUAGCCAGUUCGAUUUCUUCAAGCAGGUGGUCACUUUCCAUCCUAUCAAGCAUACCUUGCUCGCUCAGGAUUGGAACCUAGCUGGCAAGGGUGGCCAGUUUGGACUGGCUUUCAUCACAUUUUUGUAUGUGGAUAUUCUGGACACCACAGGCACAAUGUACUCUAUGGCCCGAUUUGCCGGCGCAAUCAACGAGGAGACUCAGGAUUUCGAAGGCAGCGCCAUGGCCUACAUGGUUGACGCGAUUUCCAUUUCUAUCGGAUCCCUUUUCGGCAGUCCCCCCCGCGGUAAAACCGGCCUAACAUCAUGUGUCACCGGCAUUGCAUUUUUCAUCGCUGUAUUCUUCGCCCCGAUUUUCGCUUCCAUUCCACCUUGGGCCACCGGCUGCACCCUCGUGAUUGUCGGUGCGAUGAUGGCCAAGGCUGCUGCUGAUAUCAACUGGCGGUACUACGGUGAUUCGAUUCCCGCAUUCCUCACCAUCGCCAUUAUGCCUUUCACAUACAGUAUUGCCUACGGUCUGAUCGCCGGAAUCACCAGCUACAUCACCCUCAAUGGCUUUGCUUGGUGUCUUGAGAAGAUUUCCGGUGGUCGCAUCGUCCCGCCUAACAAGGAUGAGUCUGAUCCUUGGUCUUGGAAGGUUCAGGGCGGUUUCCUCCCACCCUGGGUUAAACGUGCUGCUCAUGGAAAGAAGGACUUCUGGAAAGCUGAUGAGGAGUAUGCGGAGCCACGUAUUGCAUCUGGUGAGGCUGUAUCUUCCUCUUCCUCGUCAGUGGACCGGGUGCCUCUUGAGAAAGGUCAUGAGCCUACCGCUGCGCCAAUGAAGUCGCAGUGA